AGUGCUCUCAGUUUGACUUGAGCGCGUAAAGCGUGUGGACGUGUUGACGUGUUGUCUCGCGUUUCUUGUGUGUGAAAUUCAUAUUUGAAAAUCUACUACCGCGUGUCCCUCUGAAACAAGAAAAACCGCGAAAAAAAAAAAGUUUUUUGUUUGGAAUCGUUACAAAAUUUAAAAGAAAAACAGCAACUGCUUAAUUAUGCCGCCCAACGCAACUGCUGGUGGACAAGCGAUCACCGAUUCGCUUCUCUCUGCCGCUGCCGCAGCUGCAGCUGAAUCGGAACAGAAUCCGACCAAGUUGCAGGCUGAUUCAACUGGUGUGCUCUUCGAACAGGAUGCCGAGACCAUCGAUGGCGGGCUGGUCAAGGAUAUCAUAUCUAUGAAAAAGGCGGAUAAACGAAAACUUAAACUUGUCUGGCGUAAUAUUAUACUCUUUGGAUAUCUCCAUGUGGCUGCUGUUUACGGUGCCUGGCUGAUGAUCACCUCCGCCAAAUGGCAGACAGGCUUACUCGCUUUCGGUCUUUACGUCGCCUCCGGACUUGGCAUCACGGCUGGAGCCCAUCGUCUGUGGGCCCAUCGUUCCUACAAGGCCAAGUGGCCACUGCGUCUGCUGCUGGUCAUCUUCAACACAAUUGCUUUCCAGGAUGCCGCCUACCACUGGGCCCGCGAUCAUCGUGUGCACCACAAGUACUCGGAAACAGAUGCUGAUCCCCACAAUGCCACACGUGGUUUCUUUUUCUCGCACAUCGGCUGGCUGCUGUGCAAGAAGCAUCCCGAGGUUAAGGCCAAGGGCAAGGGUGUUGAUCUAUCUGAUCUGCGUGCUGAUCCCAUCCUGAUGUUCCAGAAGAAACACUACAUGAUUCUGAUGCCUCUGGCUUGCUUCAUUCUGCCCACUUUGGCUCCCAUGUAUUUCUGGAACGAAUCGUUGAUGAACGCCUGGUUCGUGGCCACCAUGUUCCGUUGGUGCUUUAUUCUGAAUGUCACCUGGCUAGUGAACAGUGCUGCCCACAAAUUCGGCAACCGUCCCUAUGACAAAGACAUCAACCCUGCUCAGAAUGUUUCGGUUGCAGUGCUCGCUUUCGGUGAGGGAUGGCACAACUAUCAUCAUGUGUUCCCCUGGGAUUACAAGACCGCCGAGUUUGGCAAUUACUCUCUGAACUUGACCACAGCGUUCAUUGAUUUCUUUGCUCGCAUUGGUUUGGCCUACGAUCUGAAGAGCGUGUCCGUGGACAUCAUCAAGAAGCGUGUGAAGCGCACUGGCGAUGGUUCCCAUGCCACUUGGGGCUGGGGUGACAAGGAUCAGCCCAAGGAGGAGAUGGAGGAUGCGUUGAUCACCCACAAGAAGAGCGAAUAAACGGAUGGAAUUGCGUAAUACGCGUUUUUAGCCAACAUUCACUGAAAUUGAAUCAAAACGAUAAAGGGAAGAAAUUAAGCAUAUGAAGUCAAAACAGAAAGGAAGUAAUGUGAGAAAAGAGAGUAAAAACAGAUGGAAAGAAGAUUUUCAUUAAAAAAUUAUGUCCGUAUGUGAACGAUGUUUAAGAUAGCAACCUAAACGCAAAAGGAAAUGGAAAAGCUAAGACAAAAAACCCCUUUGAAUAAUUUUAAGUAAUAAUGUUGAUGAUAAAUAUCUGUUGUUUAUCAAUAACUGUAUACCGUCUGUGUUAAACCAGCUCUGGAAUGUUUUAUCGCUAUUUGGAGACACAUACAAGCCGUCGAUUUGAACAUAUGGAUAUGGAAGCCAACACAAGUACAGAGUACUUGGGGCAACCAACACAAACACUGUCGACGGCUUAAAAAUUUAUCUUUAUAUUUAUCCCCAGAUUACUCUAUACUCUAAUCAUAAGUUGUAUUCAAGAUACAAUCAAUCGAUUAUGUUUUGCAGCCCUCCACCACGAACACUAAUAGCUCCGCACAAUCAGAAAGAAAUCCAAAAUUUAGUUGAAUUUUAAUGAAUCUGAAUUAAUACAAAAAAAAAGAAAAUUUAUGAGUUUACACACAUACACACACAGAAAACAUAAUAUACCUGCAACACUUUUACGAAAGAUUUUAGUAAUUAUAUUAAGCCAAAAACUAAAGAGGAAUACGAAAGAAAUCAUUAUAUAUACAAAUAUAUAUUAUACGUUUACGAUAUAAUUAAAAACACACAAACAAAAUAUAAGCGAACUACUAACACCCUACUAAAAGCUUCGCGCCAAAAAAACAAAGAAAAUUGUUACAAAUAAAAUCGAAAAACUCUUCGUUUUAGCUUGUAAUCCCAA